UAAAAGUCUGUGCUGCGCAUAUGCUAUUCUGAGUUUGACUUCAAGGGGGCAGUAGUGAGUGCUGAAAACUCGAGCUAGUCGUCCAGCAGAGGAAGAGAAGCAAGACAUGUGAUGACUUUGGUGUGAUAUUGAUGGAAGGAAGCUGAAGCCGAAAUGAACACGUUACGAACAUUUUUACGCUUUUCGGGAACACAGAGUUUGUGUCGGAGUAAUGGCCCUCACUCAUCCAUAUUCAGCUGCGGUCAACUACGCUCAACCAGUUCCUUGUUUUUUUCAAAGACAGGAACUGCACAGAAACCUGUCCUGCAAGGAACCCUGAACACCAAAGCAGAGGGAGCUUGUGUUUUCCAGCAGCCGCUCUGGCACCAUCAACAAGUCCGCACAGUCAAACGUGGGACAGAAUAUCAGCCGAAGAACAUCAAACGAAAGAGGACCCAUGGGUGGAUCAAAAGAAUUAGCACUCCAGGUGGGAUCGAAGUAAUCCUGCGCCGAAUGCUCAAAGGACGAAAAUCCCUCACGCAUUGAGACUCUGACUGGACAGUUGCUUUGAUAGACCUUUGAAGUGAAUGUCAGCUGUGCAGUAGAGCUUUUGGGUAUCUGUUUAAAAUAGUCAAAUUAAAGCAGUUAAUGCACAGUGGCGCCACUGGAUGUUAUUUUUUAAAAUUCAAUUUGAUGGACUUCUUCAUACUUGCAAUUGAGUGUAUUCAUAUGAAAGGUUCUGCUGUAUGCAGUGUUACACGAAGAUCAGAACAUUUAAGGUUUGAUUUUUAAAGUAGCAAUAGAAUACAUGCAAGUAAUCAGUUGGGACGGGAAGUAUAAGUGAUUAGAAAACAAAAAAACUACAUUUCUCAUGAUCAGAUUCUGUUCUGAUCAUCCUGACUAGAUUAAACAUGUAAAAAUAAAAAAAUAAAAACUACAUUUGUC